ACAGUAGCAAAUUCACUCUUCCAAAUUCUGUUGCCUUUUUCCCUACACUUUGAUAUUCUUUAAUCCCUCAAACUACGGAUUCCGAUUAAAUUCCCCCGCGUUUUUCUGCUCGACGUUCCCGUCUCAAGAACGCUUUUUCUCCUAUUCCCUUUCCCUUUUUCUCUCUCGUUCCGUUCCAUUCCAUUCUCCAGAAGAAACGCUGCGAAAAUGGGGAGUGGCAAGACCAGAUGGAAGCUCUCCUUUCACAGGUCCACGUUUCUCAGGAAGCAUCUUACGAUUCCCACUGAGUUCUUGUGUCCAAUCUCCCGUUCGUUAAUGGCGGACCCUGUUAUCGUCUCCUCCGGCCAUACCUUCGAGCGCAACUGCGUGAAUGCUUGUAAGUCUCUGUGUUUUACGCCGGUUUUGCACGAUGGAUCGGCGCCGGAUUUCUCCGCCGUUAUUCCGAAUUUGGCGCUCAGGUCUGCUAUUCUGAACUGGUGUGAGUCUUCGCUUCUGGAAUCUCCGGCGCCUAUCGAUUUUCUCUCGGCGGAGAAGCUCGUGCGUGCGUUAAUGGAUUCUCAGAGCCGCGGGACGGAGAAACAUAGCGAUUGCGAGGUUUUGAAGGAGUUUAGUGAGUCCCGUACGAGUUCUGAGGAGGAAUCAGCGGUGGCCCCCGCUAGCGGGCCCACUACGCCGCUGACGAGGCGGCCGGCGUGUUACUCGUCGUCGUCUUCGUCGUGUGAUUUGGAAGCUCUGCACGCGAAUUCUCUGGACGAGGAUGAGUUUGUAGCGAAGCUGAAGAGUUCGCUCGUGUUUGAGCAGGAGGAAUCGGUUAUUUCGCUCCGGAAGGUGACCCGAACGCGGGAGGAGACGCGCGUGCAUCUUUGCACUCCGAGAAUACUCGCCGCUCUCCGGCCGCUCAUCGUCUCCAGAUACGCCGCCGUCCAGGUGAACGCCGCGGCGGCGCUGGUGAAUCUGUCGUUGGAGAAUCGGAACAAAGUGAAAAUCGUGCGAUCCGGAAUCGUUCCGCCGCUGAUCGACGUGCUGAAAGGCGGUUCUCCGGAAUCGCAGGACCACGCCGCCGGCGCGCUCUUCAGUCUAGCCCUAGACAAUCAGAACAAAACCGCAAUCGGCGUUCUCGGAGCUCUCCCUCCGCUUCUACAUUCUCUCCGUUCAGAAUCCGAACGGACACGACACGACGCCGUUCUCGCGCUCUAUCAUCUCUCUUUAGUCCAAAGCAAUAGGGAUAAACUGGUGAAACUCGGCUCCGUUCAAGCCCUAAUUGCGAUGGUGAAAUCCGGCCAUAUGACAACCCGCAUUCUCCUAGUUCUCUGCAAUCUCGCCGCCAGUCCGGAAGGCCGCGCCGCCAUGCUCGACGGCGGUGCCGUGGAGUGUUUCACCAGUAUUCUAAAACGAGAGGAACUUGAUUCAGACUCCAUUACCACUAGAGAGAGCUGUGUUACUGCACUGUAUGGUCUCAGCCAUGGCGGAUUGAGAUUCAAGGGGCUAGCAAAGGAAGCUGGAGCAGAGGAAAUUCUGAUGAAGGUGGAAGCAAAUGGCAGUGAACGCUCCAGGGAAAAGGCCAGGAGGAUACUGGAAGUGUUGAGACAGAAGGAUGAAGAAGAUGAAGAAGUGGACUGGGAAGAACUGCUCAACUCUGAAGAUGAUAGUAGCCAGAGAGUGUAAACCCAGUUCUUGAUUCAGUUUGGUUAUGGUUUUGUAUCUGCUGCAGUGCUGCUAAUUUGGUUCUUUCUGGGGGGAAUUGGGUUGUAAUUAUCUUCAAGUUUUUUGCUUGCUUAGAUGCUGAUAGAGUGGUAAUGGCUUCCGGGUUUUGGCUAUCUCAGCCAUCAGAGUAAAUAAUAUUUUGCUGAAGCUGUAAAUAAAGAUUGUUUUGGGGUGGGGGGGAUUUGGGAACAGAAUUUUAUUGAAAGAAUCCAUUUUGAGCUGUAUGUUUUAUUGCUUGUGGUUUCUUGUUACGCAUCUGGCUUGUAUGAUUUCUGUUGAAACUAAUCCAGUUGAACUUUGGUUGAGUUCUGGGAGGAUACUCUCCCGGACCCGAAUGAAACUUCGAACUUUGGUUGGGUUAAGUGUUAACUCUUGAUCUGAA